GUCAUAUUUUAAUCAAGAUUAAUUAUUUCAAAUUAGAUAUAAGAAAGACUUGAUUAAACAAUGUCUACUUAGUUAACCUCCUCUUCCUCUUUCUCUCGCAAUUUUUUUAACCAAAAAAUUUAGAAAGAGAUCAAUCCUAUGGCAAAUGAAGCUCUGAAGUUUUUCGUGGAGAACUUGUUGCAGCUGUUAAGUGAAAAUGUGGUGUUAAUAAAAGGCGUAGAGGACGAAUUCAAAAAUUUACUGGAAGAAGUGCAACGGCUGAAAGCAUUCGUUGAUGAUGGUGCUAAAUUCCACAGCGAUAACAUUGUAUGGGAUCAAUUGGUGAAAGAUAUUCAAAAAAUGAUACACAAAGCUGAAGAUGUAAUUGAUAAAUUUCUAGUUCAAGCAAAGCUGCACAGAGAAGAGAAAAAAGUUGGAAGAUUCUUCGAUGUGAGUCGUCUCAAAACAAUUACAUCUCUUGCAGAUGAGAUCAAAGGGAUCAGUGACAAAGUUAAGAAACUUCGAGAAGAAAGUAAACAUUCAUUCCAGCCCAGACCAAUUCUUGAGCACCCUAAAAGAGGGCACGAAAUAACCCAGGUAUGCUAAAAUCCCCAUAUAUUUUACCAGAGUUUGUUUAAAAUUCUUUUAAAUAUUUUCAGUUGUUACUGCUCUAUAGUCAUACUCUUUUCUUUUUAAUUCGUAAAAAAAAAAAACAUAUUUGUUCUUGUCAUCCACCUGUGAAAGAA